GACCUUUAGUAGAGUACCAGUCUCACAGAAGGCGGAAAAAAGACUGGGCACAAGGGGUUAAAUUUGACAGGAAGUGUGCGAUACUUCGGACGCUGUUUCCUGUUCCAAUGCGAUACUUGUUUGAACUGAUCCAUGGCUUGAUACACGAAGUUGUAAAAUAAACACCCUGCCAGCUGCAAAUGUAACCACAAUGAAUUAUAUGCCAGGAACUGCUAGUCUAAUCGAGGAUAUCGAUAAAAAACACCUCGUCCUACUUCGUGAUGGAAGGACGUUAAUAGGAAUCCUCCGAAGCAUAGACCAAUUCGCCAAUUUAGUGUUGCAUCAAACUGUGGAACGCAUUCAUGUUGGCAAGAAGUUUGGAGAUAUCCCUAGAGGGAUUUUUGUUGUCAGAGGAGAGAAUGUUGUUCUGCUGGGUGAAGUAGACCUAGAUAAAGAGUGCGACCAGAUUCUCCAGCGUGUAUCCAUUGAGGAGAUCCUGGAGGAGCAAAGGAUAGAGCAACUGGCCAAACAGGAGUCAGAGAGGCUCAAACUACAAGCAGUCAAGGAGCGAGGCCUGUCUAUUCCUAAAGCAGACACCUUGGACGAUUUUUGAGUCUGUUUGUCUGUCUCUCUCCAUGUUUGCGAAUAGUAGAGAACGGUUCUGUUUGGGAUUCAGUUGUAGAAUCUUUUCUGUCAGUUUAUGUGUUUGUUUUGAUGAGUUAUCAGUUGGCGGACCAUGUGAUGGUGACAGCUUCAUUCCAUCAAAGGAUUAGAACUGGAAAAUGUAAGAUUUUCAUUAGCAUGGCCAUCCUUGGUUGUGUAGGUAUAUCUAAUGCUGUUAGAACAACCUACUCUAAGUUAUGUACUCUAAUAUGAAGAAAGAGCAUGCAAUCUUCCCUCCUACUUAAAUGUUCUUUUUGAACAAAAAGGUGUAAUCUCAGUUAUCAGUUUUGUGCCACAGUCUUUGAUUUAAAUGAAGCUGUAAACCAUCUGUUUUGUUGGUAGUGAGGUUUAGUGGCUUGUUACAUAGAAGUCCACCAUCAUUGAUUUUUGUUGUUGUUAUUGUUGUUUAAUGCCUGACACAACAGGUACAGGAUGUGGACAAAGCAAACUUAAAAGCACUUAGUUUAAACUAUUUUUAAAUGAUUGUGAACUUAAGGUAAAGAAAGAUAUUUCUGUGUUUAUUAUGUUAAAAGGCUAUAGUGGCUUUUUUGUUUCAGUAUCAUGUGGAAAGAAAAUGAUGAACCGAACCAUGACAAUAUUUUCCUUCAAUUAAACCUCUUUUGUAUUGCUGAA